AUGCGUUUCUCCCUCCCAGCUCUUGUCCUCUUCCUCUCUGUCGUUAACGCCUCUCCUCUUCCUAAGAAGGAAAAGGCCGCCGCGGCAUCCUCCUCCGCAAUUUCAUCGGCCACAGCAGCGGCAUCCGCCGCUUCCUCAACUGCCGCAGCCACAUCGGCAGCAUCCAGCUCAAAUUCAACGGCUGCAGCCGGAAGUGUUUUGACCUCUUCGGCAUACAAUGAUUUCCAAAUCUCCGCGGGAACUGCCGGAUCCGCUCAAGAUGAAGCCAAUGCACUCUUUACCGGUAUCGAUAUGAACAAUCUCGCUGCUGUUUCCGCAUCUGAUCUUAAGAUCAUUCAAGGAGUUCAUGAUGCUGCUGAGGAUGCUGAAGUUGGUGGAUUCAACCCAGCCAUUGCGGCCGCUGAUGGUGAUGCUGCUACUGCUCUUCAGAACGGCAAAAUCAAGAACAAGGUUCUCAAACUCACCGCCGAAGUCCUUGCUCUUCAAAUCAAGGUAGCUCAAGGAAAGGCUGGAGAUCCCGCACCCGAACAGACAAAGUUGGCCAACAACAUUAAGUUGGAUACUGCGGCUGCAGGACAAGCCAGUACCCCCGUCAGUUUUGAUGCUACGAGCUAG